UCUCUGUGUGUGUGUGUUUCAUGCUUGACCCGAAUCGGAAGGUCCCUCUUUUAUGAUAUUGGUUAAUGUUCUUGAUGAAAUAUGCGAGCCAAGAGGCCGUGCUGGUUGUUGGGUCUUUGAGUUUUGAAUAUGCCUCAAUAGAAUUGAUCGAUAAUUAGUGAAGACAAUUGGUAAUCACCAGCACUGCGCUGCUUUAUCUGUGGAGUUUGUCUCUAGAAUCAUGGCAAAGUCAUUAUCCAGCAUGCUUUUGAAAGGAAUUUCGGGUCUCCAAGCUGCUCAUUCUUGUAGAAUUAUAAGGGUGUCUGGAUCUUUUUACCACUAUGGGAUGAAGUACUCAAGUACGGGGCCUGAUGAUCCUGACACACAUGAUGAUUUUAAGCCUACUAAUAAGCUCGAGAGCUCUGACAUUUCUUUGAAGGAUGUUGUUGAGCAGGAUAUCAAGGAUAAUCCUAUAAUGAUUUAUAUGAAAGGGGUGCCUGAUCUUCCUCAAUGUGGAUUCAGUUCACUGGCAGUGAGAGUGUUAAAACUAUACAAUGUUCCCUUGAGUGCUAGAAAUAUUUUGGAAAACCUUGAGCUGAAAAAUGCUGUAAAAGCCUACAGUAACUGGCCAACAUUUCCGCAGAUAUUCAUUAAGGGAGAGUUCAUUGGCGGUUCAGAUAUUAUUCUUAAUAUGCACCAGACUGGGGAACUAAAGGAGAAGCUUAAAGAUGUGAUCUCCAAUCAGGAAAAGUCUGGAUAAGUUGAAUUUGAAGAGCCUGUAGGUUGAACUGCGGCACGUUUAAAUCACAUCUAUUUGAGAUGCAAAUUCCCUAUGCAAGUUUUCUGCAGAGGUUGGCUUGAUGAAGCAUUUUGUCGAAAUGUCUGGAGAUCAAUAAACGUAGUUUGUUAUCCUUUUUAUUUACCAUGUAUUUUGACUAUCCAUCGCUUAUGACAUUAGAAAUUUUUAUAUUGGUGACGCCUUGUACAAUGAGCCUUGGCGUUAGAAAUGGCUGUGCUUGGAAAUGAGCCAUGUACAAAAUGAGCAGAAGAAUCCAUUAGUUGCCAAGACACAAAUGUUUGUGUGAAAAAGAAAAGCAAAUGCCUUGAAAUUAUUGCCUUGAAA